CUGUGAUCCAGGAGGAGAGAAACACCCUGAAAACUGGAUCUGAAGAAGAAGCACAAAGGCCAUGAUCGACUGGCCUAAUGUGACAGCGUCCAGCUACGAGGAGCUGGGCCUAAAACCUGAGGAGCUGCAGAGAUCCAAAUGUGUCCUGGGCUUCAUUCCGGUCAUUUACUACAGUGUUCUGCUUUGUGUGGGAGUCCCAGUAAACAUCCUCACAGCAGUGGCCCUGUGCAGACUGGCAUGCCGCACCAAGAAACCUCUGUACUACUACCUCUUAGCAGUGACCGGCUCAGAUAUCCUUUCCCAGCUCUUCAUCAUCUUUGUUGGAUUCCUGCUAGAGACGGCUGUUUUUCACCGCGACGUCCCUACCGUCCUGCUGCACGUAGUCAGUGCUGCAGAGUUUGCUGCCAACCAUGCCUCCAUCUGGUCCACCAUACCCCUUACUGUGGACCGGUAUGUGGCACUGUGCCACCCCUUGCUCCACCGACAGAUCAGCUACCCGGCACGGGCCAGGAAGAUCAUUGCAGUGGUGCUGGUAUUGUCGCUUAUGUCGGGCAUACCUUUCUUCUGGUGGUCAGACGUGUGGAGAGACAGCCACCUUCCCACGGUGCUGGAUGCAGUCCUCAUAUGGACACAUGUUACUAUCAUCUACUUCCUGCCAUGCAGCAUCUUCUUGGUGCUGAACUCUUUAAUAAUCCGCAAGCUGAGGAUAAGGCAGAGGCAUCAGCCCUGCCAAGAGGAGCGUGGGCCUCCACGCCGACUAGGAAAAACCACGGCCAUGCUGCUGGCGCUCACCUCUGUGUUCUCAGUUCUGUGGGCUCCUCGGACUGUUGUAGUCAUCUACCACCUGUAUGUUUCCUCAGUUCACCAGAACUGGCGGGUCCACUUGGCCUACGACCUGUCCAAUAUGCUGGCCAUGCUCAACACGGCUGUCAACUUUUUCCUUUACUGCUUCGUCAGCAGACCUUUCCGCAGCGUCGUGCGGGAUAUUGUGCUGCUCAGAGGAGGGCCGCUGCACCCUCGCCUGCCUCUGCCCCAGCAGCAGGCCCACAACAACGCCUCCAACUCAUCUCUCUACAGUGGGAACAAUAAACGCUCGCAGCGAGACUCCACUCCCCUAUCACCUCGUAGAAACAGAAAGCCCUCGUGACCUGGUGUUUCCCCCCAUUAAUCCAAAACACCCGUCGUCCCACGGUCCCGGUGCACAUCAAACCCCUGGGACCAGCGCUGCGUUCCAGACACGACCGUGGACAGUUGCCAGUCAGCCCUGGAGCUCUCUCACAGGGCUCCAAAUGAUCUGAACUUUCAUGUUUUUUUGUCUUCUUUGACCUGGAGUUGUUUGUUUUAGUAAAUCAAGCAAAAUGACUGUUUAUUUAUCUUUGCAACAAAGAAUUUGACAAA